UCCGCCUCCCUGCCGCCAUGGCGUGGCCGGGGUGGCUGCGGCGGGCCGGCUGCGCCCCGCGCGCUCCGCGCUCGUGCCCGACGCGCUCGUGCCCGACGCGCUCGUGCCCGACGCGCUCGUGCCCGACGCGCUCGUGCCCGACGCGGGGGUUCCGGGGUCCGGCCGGGGCCGCGCCGGCCGCAGGCGGAGGAGUCCGGGGGCAGCCCGUGUCCUGGAAGUCUUUGGCCUUGACGUUUGCCGUCGGGGGAGCGCUGCUGGCUGGGAUGAAGUAUUUCAAGAGAGAGAAGACGGAAAAGCUGGAGAAGGAGCGGAAGCGUUCGCUGGGGAAGCCGCUGCUGGGUGGGCCCUUCUCCCUGGUGGACCACCACGGCCAGCCCCGGACCGAUCGCGACUACCUGGGCCGCUGGGUCCUCAUCUACUUCGGCUUCACGCACUGCCCCGACGUCUGCCCCGAGGAACUGGAGAAGAUGAUCCAGGUGGUGGACGAGAUCGAUGACAUCCCGACUCUCCCGGACCUGACGCCCCUCUUCAUCACCAUCGACCCGGAGCGGGACACCCGAGAAGCCGUGGCGAGAUACGUUCGAGAGUUCUCCCCGAAGCUGGUGGGCCUGACGGGAGCCGCCGAGCAGGUGGACCAGGUGGCCCGAGCCUUCCGAGUCUACUACAGCCCCGGCCCCAGGGACGAAGACGACGACUACAUCGUGGACCACACCAUCAUCAUGUACCUCAUCGGGCCGGACGGGGAGUUCCUCGACUACUUUGGCCAGAACAAGAAGAGUUCCGAGAUCGCCGGAUCGAUCGCCGCCCACAUGAGGGAGCACAAGAAGGGAGCCGGCGCCCGGUGAAGCGUCGCCGGCGGAGGGGGGGAGAUCUGCGGGCCCGGCCGGGCCCCCGCGAGACGCGGAACGGCGGACGCGAGGGGAGACCGCCACCGUCCGGAUCCUUCCUCCCCGGGCCCCUCCGGGGACCGCUGGGAUUACCGGAGGGGAGGCGGCCGCGUGGGGGGGGACUGUGGGAUCGGCUCCAUUUUGGGGGCCCCCCCGCCCCCCCCGGAACCGAGGCGCCCCCAACCUAGGGUCCCCGUCCCCGCGACCGACGGCUCCGGCCUGGAGAUGUCCACCCGUCUCCCCCCUGCAAAUAAAGGAGUCCGGGGGGGGAUCCGGGA